AUUUUCCCUCUCAAGUGCGAGUACGAUGGACAACAACACGAACGUGCUCGCGCAAACCCAAGUCGUUGUCUUUGGUGGAGCGUGCACCGUGUUGCUAGUCGCCGUGUGUCUGACCACGCGCUGGUUCAAAGUAGUACCCGCAAGAGCCUUCGCGACCAACAGCGAAAGCGACGAGACGGUGGUCGAAGCCGCCAUUUUGCACGGCUGGCUACGUUCGUUUCACCACCUCGAUCUCUACGGCCGUCACAUUUACUGCACGAGCUUUGCUAUCAUCUUUGCAGUCGUCGCAUCGUCGUCCGCGACGCCAUGGGUGCCCUACGUGAGCAUGGGCGUAUACCCAGUCGUUGCUGUCCACGCGUGGAAGGUUCUCGCGCACGCGCUCGGCCGCGACGCAGCUCAAAACGAGAUUCAACACUGGGAAAAAGUCCGCAACGCACUCCGUGUACGUUAAGCUAAAUACGAUCUCGAAAGACUUCAAUUUGUUGUAUGCA